AUGGGUCAGGUUUUAUCACAUCAUAGUUUUCGUCAAGCAAAUUGUAUAUUCUGUAUAGUUCAAUCAAGAUCUAAUAUUAAUGUUCAAGUCUUGCCUUUGCUUUCACUUUUAGUGAAUACAAAUUCUCUGAUGUCUUCGUGCGAAGACCUUUUUCAAAGUUUCUCUCGUAAACUUGAUAUUUCCAAUAUAUCUAGUGACCUAUUCUCUGACUCAUCUACCAAAUCACUUGGAGUAAAAGAGAAACGGAAGGACAGACAAGACCGUGUGACUCAUAAAGUCGGUGAACUUAUUCCAGACUUUUCUUCGUAUGAAAAACAUGAAUUAGUUGUGGAAUCGGAUCUUAGUGAUGCUUUAGUGAAUACUCUUCAGGUUACACCUAUUCAUCCAGUAUUCACAAAUCGAAAAUCUAAUGUGAAUUUUAAAAUGGGAAAUAGUUCACCACAAGUAAAUUGUCAACAAGCUUUAACACCAUCCUAUCGCUCUAUUUCUACAUAUAAUAAGAAUGAAUUAGUAAGUGAUAUAAUUUCAGUUGUCGACUCAUUCUUAUUAAAUUUUGCUUAUUACAUAAAAGAUGUAUUGUUUACUCACAAUAUAUAUCUUAGUAAUGAUGGUAAAAAAAUUAAAUAG